ACCGCCGGGCCGUGGUCAGCGGCGUGGACCUGGACGGCUCCGCCAACUGCAAGAAGAAGAACAGAAUGUCCCAGCCCAUCCUGAAAGCGGUGGUUGAAGAUAAGGAGAAAUUCUCGAGCCUGGGGAGGAUAAAGAAGAUGCUGAAAGGACAAGGGACAUUCGAUGGGGAAGAAAAUGCUGUAUUAUAUCAGAACUAUAAGGAAAAAGCUCUGGACAUAGAUUCUGAUGAAGAGUCUGAGCCCCAAGAGCAGAAGCUGGAUGACAAGGUUGUUUUUCACUAUAAGCCCCUGAGGUCAACGUGGAGCCAGCUCUCUGUGGUGAAGAAGAACGGCCUGUCAGAAGCCAUCAGCCAGGAGGAAAGGAAGAGACAGGAGGCAAUAUUUGAGGUGAUAUCUUCUGAGCACUCCUAUUUGCUGAGCCUGGAGAUUCUGAUCCGGAUGUUUAAAAAUUCCAGGGAACUGAGCCUCACAAUGACCAAAACAGAGAGCCACCAUCUCUUCUCCAACAUCACGGAUGUUUAUGAAGCAAGCAAAAAGUUCUUUGAAGAGCUGGAGGCCAGGCACCAGAACAACAUUUUGAUCGAGGACAUCAGCGACAUCGUGGCGAGGCACGCGGGCUCCACCUUCGACCCCUACGUGAAGUACUGCACCAACGAGGUGUACCAGCAGCGCACCCUGCAGAGACUGCUAGCCACAAACCCAGCGUUUAAGGAGGUGCUGUCCCGGAUCGAGUCCCACGAGGAUUGCAGGAACCUGCCCAUGUUCUCCUUCCUCAUCCUCCCCAUGCAGAGAGUCACUCGGCUCCCCUUGCUGAUGGAUACUAUUUGCCAGAAAACUCCCAAGGAUUCAGCAAAAUAUGAGAACUGCAAGCAGGCUCUGAAGGAAGUCAGCAAGAGGGCGCCCGCAAGAUGGAGAGGACGGAGAUGAUGUACACCAUUAACUCCCAGCUGGAAUUCAAAAUCAAGCCGUUUCCAUUGGUUUCCUCUUCUCGGUGGUUGGUGAAAAGGGGUGAAUUAACAGCAUAUGUAGAAGACACUGGACUUUUUUCCAAAAGAACCUCUAAGCAGCAGGUGUACUUCUUCCUCUUCAAUGAUGUCCUCAUCAUCACCAAGAAGAAGAGUGAGGAGAGCUACAACGUGACCGGGUACUCGCUGCGGGAGCAGCUGCUGGUGCUGCCCUGCGACGGGGACGAGCCCGGGCCCGGCUCCUCUCCGGGCCGGAGUGCCCCGGGGAUGCUGCACCCGGGCAGGAGCGCGGCCUCCCACCUCUUCAGGCUCCUGCUGCUCAGCAACCACGCCGGGGACAGGGUGGAGAUGCUCCUGGGAGCAGACACGCAGAGCGACAGAGCCCGCUGGAUCACGGCGCUGGGCCAGGACAGCGACAGGCAGCACACGGACAGGACCACCCUGGCUCAGGUGGAGACCAUCAGGACGUACACAGCCAAGCAGGCCGAUGAGCUCUCUCUCCAAGUCGCUGAUGUGGUUUUGGUUUAUCAAAAAGUGAAUGAUGGCUGGUACGAGGGGGAGCGGCUGCGGGACGGCCAGAGGGGCUGGUUCCCCUCGGAGUGUGCCAAGGAGAUCACCUGCAGGGCCACCCUGGACAAGAACAUGGAGCGCAUGGGGCGCCUGCUGGGGCUGGAAACCAACGUGUAGCCGUGUCCUCAGCCCAGCUGGGGCUGCUCUGGGACAGGGGGCAGCAGGG